AGAGGGAUUUCGCAUUACUGCUAUCAGUUCAAAAGCAUCUUGCAGAGUGGACGGUAGUGUUGAAGCGCUCUCUCAACGAAGCCGUACGGAACCAAAGUGAUCAGAUUAAAAUCUGCAAUCAACAGAUUAAAAGAUAUGAACUUGAAACUACUCUUCCUAUUGGGAACAGCUUUUGCCCAUGAUAUGUCUCACAUCAAGGCUCCAGAUGGAGACGUUGAAGAGUUUGUGCCUGAAUCCAUACGAAAUGCUCGGACUCCAAAGAUCUUGGAAGCAAAUGGCCGAGUCAAACCGAUUGAAGAGAACGAUGAGACUGUUGAACUCGAUCCUCAAUCAGAAAUCCAAGGCAAUCGUGAUCCCAAGCAGUUUUGGCCUUUGCCCCAUUUUUAUCCCAGAGGGCAAUUUGGCGUCCCCUCGGUUCUCUCAUCCCGGAUCAACAUCCCUCCAAUGGCUUAUCAAUUCCAGCCACUAGAAAACGCUCAAAGUGAAUCCAAUGAGGAUCUAACUGCCAGGGUGGCCGAAACGACACAAAAUCGGCCUUUUUCGUUUGCGGAUGACGCAACAGCCGAGGAAGAACGCGUGAUUGUGGAAAGUGUGAACGAGCUCAUUGGCGCCGUUGGGCGGCAAGCCAUCGGUUCCCAUAUCUACGCCGAAUCUGACGGUCCUGGAGGGCAAAACUCUGGACUCCCAAAUCUUCGGCCUUUGGAUGAUGACGUCAUUCUUCCGGGGCGACCAAACCUUGAACCUGUUGAGAGUGUCACUUCUGACGAUCCCUUUGAAUCUUUUGUCAGACCGCAAGAAUGUUGCUUAUUUGUUUUCUUCGACGGGUCGGCCUACUACUUUGACGACUAUUUGAGAAUGCUAACUGGUCACUAUCGACUCAUGUACGGAACGGUCAAUGGUCACCCUCACUACGUUGCACGUGGUUGCAAGGAAGCAGAACUCUAUGGACCAAAUUGCAGCUACAUUUGGCAUUCAAAUUACGGAUGGAUCAUUGGUAUUGGAACAUAUAUUGGACAAACGAAAGGAGUGGCUUAUACUCGAACUCAGUCUCAAUGCCCUACAUCGUCGGAUUCAGGUUGGAGAUAUUUGAACAAGGACUUGGAUUGGAAGGAAAACGGAAACAUUGUCUUGGAAUGUGCCUCGUAAAUUGCUCAAAACAGACACCAAGGUGUCAAUCUUUGAUCUUCUCCACAUACCCAAUUGAUCAAUUUUAGCACAAUAGAAAUAAAUACAUGUAUAUAUGACCUCA